CAAAACAAAGAAAGAAAAUAGUCGACUGAAAUCAGGCAACUUGCCAAGCCGAGGCCAACCAACCAGCCGUUGAAAGCCAAUACGAGCGAAGCAUGCAGGAAUCAAACAUCAACAGUCUUCCCGUCUCCCGAUUUCGCCUACCAUUCAGUGCCCGCCCACUUUCUCCCAAAGAACUAGGAGAGACUGAAACUACAAAGGAAAAAGCCAAAUUCAAGAAUCGGAAAUUCCAAUUCCCUCGUUCUCAUCCUCGUCUCUUUCCUGUCUCUGAUCCCCCAACUCAUUAGAGAUCUCCGGGGCCUCGAAAUCAAGGGUGCUCAGUGGGGCCGCGUUGCUAUGGCGAGAGCUGGAGGGAUCUCCAAUGCAGUCAAUGUAGGAAUCGCUGUCCAAGCCGAUUGGGAGAAUCGCGAGUUUAUUUCUCACAUCUCCCUCAACAUCCGUCGCCUCUUCGAUUUCCUCCUCCAAUUCGAGGCUACGACUAAAACCAAACUGGCGUCGCUGAACGAGAAGCUCGAUUCCCUUGAGCGUCGACUGGAGCUGCUGGAGGUCCAAGUCGGUACUGCAACUGCCAAUCCUUCCCUUUUCAAUACCUGAACUUUUUUUUCAGUCAGAAUCUUCGCUACUUCGGCUACUACUUGUAAGCUUAUCUCUCUGUUAUCUUCUAUGUCUGCUGUGGAAGCUUGAAUUUGUAAUGUUAUGCUACAUACGUCUACAUUUAGCUUGUUCGUUUAUGAUCUAUAUGUGCCUUUUUUUUUUGCACUGUAAACUGAAUGGAAAUGGAGUGUUUGACGAUGGGGAACAAUUUGAUUAGAUUAUAACUUAACUCAGUUAUUGCCGGUUCCUGA